UCUCAAAUUUACAACCUGAAGCCCCACAAAUUAUUUAUCUUCACAUAUUAUGACCAGUUCCUAAAUCAAAACUGCAGCAGUUUAAAGCCCACCUAGUCGUGAGAGAGAGAAAGAGGAGAGAGAGAGAGAGAGAGAGGUAAGAGAGAAUUUCCGAUUUGAAGAGAGAAAAUGGACGGGCCGCCGGAAAAUGACGUAUGUUGCAUAUGCCACGCACCCUUCCACAUUCCUUGCCAAGCCAAUUGCAGCCAUUGGUUCUGCGGUAGUUGUUUUUUACUACUUUGGGACCACGGAGCUGCACUUCACCCGUGUAAAUGUCCACUAUGCAGACGUGAGAUAACCUUGUUGGUUCCCAACGAGGCUUCGUCAAGGCAGUACCAUGUGGCUGAUGUUGCUGAGGUUUUACAGAGGAUUGAAAGAUACAACCGUCUCUAUGGAGAACAUUCAAAUGGUAUCAUGCAGAGAAUGCGAGAUCUCCCCUUUCUUCUCAGGAGAUUGUCACGAGAUAUGAUGGACCCUCAAAGAUCCAUUCCUUUUGUUAUCAGGGCACGGGUUUAUUUGGCAAUGAUUGUCAGUUUUAUAUAUGUCAUUAGUCCUGUUGACAUCAUACCCGAAGGGCUACUAGGUGUUUUUGGUCUACUUGAUGAUCUGAUUAUUGUAUUGAUAUGCUUCCUACAUGUUGCUGCCCUUUAUCGAGCUGUUCUCCUUACCCGCCAUGGAGGUAGUUAAAAGAAGUAAAAACAUCUGCUGUCGAAAGUUAUACUGGAUUAGGGCAUUUUUGCAACGACCGUAACUGCAAAAAAGAUAGGCCCAUUCAGAAUCUAUCUUUUAUUCAUUUUUCUUGGCUUUAUUUAUUUUUCGUUCACUUUCGUUGGAAACAUGUAAACAGCCUAUACGUAUACAAGGUGUUAUUUGGUUGCUAAUUUUUGUAUGUCAAAUUAAA